CCUCCUGCUGCUCCUGCUUGGUGGCGGUGGCGGUGGCGAGGCGGCGAGCGGCGGCUCGAUUCGGGAUAAGCCACGCCAUCUCCGUCGCGGGAGUUUGAGACGACAGCGGAGAAGGGCUCUUGUACAAGGAAUACAGGUAGCCAUGGCCACCCAAGAAGAAGCUGAGGUCACUGAAUCAUCGCCAUCUAGUGAUCCACCUAUCACUAUUGGGUUGGCCGUGAGUAGCUCCAAGUCCAGCAAGUAUGCAGUGAAAUGGGCUCUGAAAAACUUUGGUGCCAGAGAGAGGACAAGGUUCAUGCUCAUUCAUGUCCGGCAAAUGGUCACACUUGUCCCAACCCGGUUGGGCAACUAUGUUCCAGUUGAUCAAGUGAGGGAUGACAUUGCCAGUGCAUACGAAAAGGAAGUUGAAUGUGAGGCCCAAAAUAUGCUCCUUAUGUACAAGAACAUGUGCAAUGGAAAGGUUGAAGCAGAAGUAUUGGUUGUCAAGGGUGAUGAUGUGGCGGAAACUAUUUCUGGUGUUGUCUCAGCAUGCCAAAUCCACAAGCUUGUUGUUGGUGUCUCUUCUCAGGGGAACUUUAUGAGGAAAUCCAAGGGCACUAGGACAUCCUCUCGAAUAUGCAAGAGUGUUCCAAGCUUUUGUAUGGUGUAUUCUGUUUCAAAAGGUGGCUUGUCCACGGUUUAUUCUCCUGGAUCAGAAGGUGACAACAGUUCUGAGAUAUUCCAGGUCAAUGAGAGUUCUAACAGCGAGCUUUAUUCAGAUGAUAAGUCAUCAGUAUCAGAUAUUACACCUUCCAGAAUUUCCCGACCCAACUUGCCUGGGGGAAAUCUGGACAAUUCCUCCUCUGCAGAUCAUAAUCGGCCACGCUCUUUACAAGAAUAUCUCACUGGAAGCGCUUUGACAUCUAUUGUUGAAAAAGAUCAAAGUGGCAGUCCUUGUGGUACUGAUCAGAUCACUGAAUCUAGUAACUUGCCGAUCUCAGACAAAAGUCCAACUGUGAGCAGAGCACUACAGGAAUUGAUGCGCUCAGAGGACAAGGCAAGCACUCCUUGUGCUGGUCAUAUUUCUGCACCUACUAAUUUGCCUGUCUUGGACAAAGAUCCAAGCGUAAAGAGUGCACUGCAGGAGUUGAUGCUUUCGGAGGACAAGGCAAACACUCCUUGUGCUACCAAUAAAAUAUCUGGAUCUAGUAACUUGCCCACCACUGACAAAGCUACAACCGUAAGCAAUGCUCUGCAGGAAUUGAUGCUUUCAGAGGACAAGGAUAAUGCCAAUUUUGAGCGUGAAAAGCUCAGGAUUAAACUAGGACAUAUGCAAGGAGUGUGCAAACUCGUUCAUGAUGAGUCUACCAGCGCUUCUCAGCAAAUGAUUGACUUAAUUCAAAAACGUGCUCAAGAGGAAGCUCGGCUGGUGGAGGUCCACUCCAGGAUCAACACUGCCAUUGAGGCAGCACGUAAAGAGAGGGAGCAGCGGUACGCUGUAGAGGCGCAAGCCAGGCAUGUGAAGGAACUUGCAAAGGAAGAGGCAUUGAAAAAACAGUAUUUUCAGCUUAGGGCGUCAAGGGAGGCUGAUAAUAUACAAAAGCUGGAGAAACUUCUUGAAUUUGGAGGCAAGUCACACAUAAUUUUUACAUGGGAAGAGAUGGAGUCUGCUACAUCAUCAUUUUCAGAGGCACUUGGAUCAGGAGCUAACGGCACAGUGUACAAGGGCAAAAUCCACCAAACAACCGUGGCCAUAAAAGUACUCAAAUCUGAUGACAGCCGCAUUACCAAACAUUUCGAACGGGAGAUUGAGGUUUUGGGUAAGACCCGUCAUCGCCAUUUGUUGCUACUGCUAGGUGCCUGUCUGGAUAGAGCCUGCUUGGUGUAUGAGUACAUGGAGAAUGGCAGCCUUGAGGAUCGGUUACAGUGCAAAGGAGGCACAUCCCCACUCCCAUGGUACCACCGUUUUCGUAUUGCUUGGGAAAUAGCAUUGGCACUUAUCUACCUACACAGCUCGAAACCAAAGCCAAUUAUCCACCGUGACCUCAAGCCUGCAAAUAUACUCCUUGACAGCAAUUUCACUAGCAAAAUUGGCGAUGCAGGCAUUGCAACUUUGCUUCCUUUAAGGGAUGCCUCAUCAACACACACAAUUCGCAAGGACACAGAUCUAGUUGGUACACUGUUUUACAUGGACCCAGAGUAUCAAAGGUCAGGUCAAGUUUCAGCAAAAUCUGAUGUAUACGCCUUGGGCAUGGUGUUCUUGCAGCUGCUGACUGCAAAAUCACCAAUGGGGCUAGCAGACACUGUUGAGAGAGCAGUGGCACAGCGUCGCCUUGUUGACAUCCUGGACCAGCGUGCAGGAAAAUGGCCUGUAAAAGCAGCAUAUGAACUAGCUCAGCUUGGGCUAAGUUGUUUGGAAAUGCGAAGCAAGGAUCGACCUGACCUGAAGUCUAAUGUUCUUGUAGUUUUAGAGCGGCUGAACAAUAUUGCCACAACUGCAUGUGACUCAGUGCAGCAAGUCCCAACUGCACCACCAAGCCAUUUUGUCUGCCCUAUACUCAAGAGGGUAAUGCAGGAUCCAUGCAUUGCAUCUGAUGGGUACUCAUAUGAGCGGGUUGCGAUUGAGAUGUGGCUACAUGAGAAUGAUGUGUCUCCGUUGACAAAGACACGGCUUCCUGACAAGAACUUGGUGCCCAAUCAUGCUCUGCUAUGCGCGAUUAAUAGUUGGAAGGGAGAAGCAGGAGCUGGUGGGCUCACUGACUGAACUUAACUACCCAUGGAUACUGCACUAGAAGGCUAGAAGCUAAUGCUGUACAGGUUUGUCUUGGUAACCUCCAUAUACUGUAGAUACCGUGGCGGCGUGGGCUCUCUGUAAGUAGCAGUUUUGCAGCAUCUCCUCGAUGAUACCUAGGAUAAAUUUUGAAGGUUACCUCUUCUUCAGACCAAAUUAUAGUUCUUAAUCUGCCGAGUAUCACAUGGAUCUUUACCGGAUUUUGUUAGGGGGAAUUCUAGUAACGCUAUAUUCCAAUUUCUCCAGGGUUGGUUCAUAUACCUCUGAAAAGUAGUGAAAAUUCCCCA